UGGUGUGUUGUGUGGCUGUGUUCCAAUUUGGUCGUUUUUGUACAUGUCGUACACUAUGUAGGGCGUAGAUAAACACUAUUCUCAACUUACGUAGGGCACUUGUAUAGGGGUUGUGUAUUAUACACUGUAUAGUUGUUUGUGACUCGGCCUUAUGAUGUAACGGUAAACAUGAUGAGGUAGAGGCAGUUAGCAGACCGUUGUGAUGGAAACUGUUUAGACGGUUCUACCUUAAUCUGCAAUGGACAUUGAUGUGAAAAGGCUAAAAGUGAACGAGUUGAAGGAGGAGCUGCAGAAGAGGGGAUUAGACACCCGUGGCCUGAAGGCGGACCUGGUGGACAGACUGAAGGCUGCUUUAGAGAGCGAAGCAGCAGCACAGGAUGCACAGGAAGUCACACCUGGUGAUGGACAGCAAACCGAAGCAGUUGCUGGUGAUGAGGAGCCUGGCUAUGAAGACGUGUCUCACCAGGGACGGCAGGAAGACGAGGGCAUUCAGAUCAAAGACGAGACAAAAGUCGUCCCUGACGUAGAUCACGAUGUGAACAGAGCGGAGAUUGUCGAGGAGCCUCGAGUCAAACCCGAAACAGAGAUGCUGCCUGUCUUCACAGAAGAGCAAAAUGCACUACCAGGUGAGGUGAAGGAGGAGGAUGACGUAAAGCCAGAACAGCAGCAAGACCCUAGAGCAGCCAGCGAGUUGGAAGAGGCCCAGCAGGCUUCACGUUACACGUCCCAUCAGGACAACCAGGCACCUCACGGCCGUAAAAGGCACCACGACGACGCCCCCGGAUAUAGUUACUACGAGCAUCGAGAGGACAAGAGGUCCCGCUCACCUCAGCCUCCAGCUGAAGAAGAUGAGGAGGAUUUUGAUGACACGCUGGUGGCCAUUGAUACCUAUAAUUGCGAUCUGCACUUCAAAGUUGCCCGAGACCGCUACAGUGGCUACCCUCUUACCAUCGAAGGCUUUGCUUACCUUUGGUCCGGCGCACGCGCCUCAUACGGUGUGAACAAGGGCCGUGUCUGCUACGAGAUGAGGAUAACAGAAGAGAUCUCAGUCAAACAUCUUCCGAGUAGUGAGCCUGACCCACAUGUAGUGCGCGUGGGCUGGUCUCUGGAUUCCUGCAGCACACAGCUUGGUGAAGAGCCAUUCUCUUACGGAUACGGCGGAACAGGAAAAAAAUCCUCCAACUGCAAAUUUGAAGAUUACGGGCAGAAAUUUGGCGAAAAUGACGUCGUCGGAUGCUAUAUUGACUUUGACAGCAGUCAUGAAGUGGAGAUUUCAUUCUCGAAGAACGGGAAGUGGUUGGAUGUAGCGUUCCAGGUCAGAAAGGAGGAGCUGUCUGGUCGAGCGCUUUUCCCUCAUAUCCUGGUGAAAAACUGUGCUGUGGAGUUUAACUUUGGCCAAAAGGAGGAGCCUUUCUUCCCUUCACCAGAGGGAUAUGAGUUCAUCCAGACUAUUGCAGUGGAGGACAGGAUUAGAGGCACUGUAGGUCCUGCAACCAAGGCUGACUGUGAGAUCUUGAUGAUGGUUGGUCUGCCCGCGUGUGGCAAAACCACUUGGGCAGCCAAGCAUGCUGAGACGAACCCCGAGAAGAAAUACAACAUUCUCGGCACCAACGCCAUUAUGGAGAAGAUGAAGGUGAUGGGUCUGCGGCGUCAGAGGAAUUACGCAGGUCGCUGGGACAUUCUCAUCCAGCAAGCCACACAGUGUCUGAACCGACUCAUCCAGAUCGCCGCCCGCAAGAAACGCAACUACAUUCUGGACCAGACAAAUGUAUAUGGAUCAGCCCAGAGACGAAAAAUGCGUCCCUUUGAAGGGUUUCAACGCAAGGCUAUUGUAAUUUGUCCCACGGACGAGGACUUAAAAGAGCGAACGUUAAAGCAAACUGAUGUGGAAGGGAAGGAUGUGCCCGAUCAUGCUGUUUUAGAAAUGAAAGCUAACUUUGUGCUGCCGGAGUCUGGAGAUUUCCUGGAUGAGGUGACCUUCGUUGAGCUGCAGAGAGACGAAGCAGAAAAGAUGGUGAAGCAGUACAACGAGGAGGGCCGGCAGGCUGCGCCUCCACCUGAAAAACGCUACGAUAACCGGCAGACGGGUUACCGCGGCCAAAGCAGCAGCUUCCAACGCUAUGACAACCGUGGAGGUCCACGAGGAGGCUAUCAGAACCGCGGCGGCUCUGGAGGAGGAUACAGACCAGGUUUUAAACGUGGAGGCUACAACCAGAACGGCUGGGGUGGGAAUUACAGAGACAGCUCGAGAGGUGGCUACAACCGUAACCAGAGCUAUGGAGGAAGCUAUAACAGCAACCACCAAGGUUCCUAUAGUAAGGAUGGAUACAACCAGAGCUACAACCAAGGAUAUAACCAAGACUACAACCAGAGCAACUACAACCAAGGCAACUACAACCAAGGAAGCUACAACUAUGGGAAUUACAGCCAGUAUCCUGGAUAUGGACAAGGCUACAGUGAUAAUCAAGCCUCUGGGUACAACCAGCAACAGAGCUACAACCAGCAGUACCAGCAGUAUGCCCAGCAGUGGCAACAGUACUACCAGAACCAGAGCCAGUGGAACCAGUACUACAGCCAGUAUGGCAACUACUCUGGGCAACAGGGCAACAGCCAGGGCCAGUGAAAUGUAUGUGUGUGUAUGUGUGUGUGUGUAUGUGAGAGAUCCAGCGACAUUCUUAUAAUUCAUGUAAUCAUUCUUGAACCUGCAUGCAUCAGCACUCAUCCUAUUUUAUCAUGACCUUAUCCCUUUAUAUCCAGUCUUCUCCAGCCAUUCUAGUCAUCCUAGCAGGGUGUAUGCUGCAUUUUGGAUUUGUUUGAGAAAUGCUGAUGAUCUGGUCCAGGCAGAAAACCUUUUAUAUUGUAAUUUAGCUUAUAAGUGACUUAUAAGUGAAGCAGAAUCCAAUGUAAAAGUACAGCUGGGCAGGUGAGGGUUAAGGGUUUUGGGUGGCUCUUUGGCAGUCCUGAAAUCUUAACCUUACAGUAAAUUAGAGGUAGUGCUGCACAUAUGGACAAGCAGCAUAUUAUAGUUACAGGUUGCAAUCACAGUAUACUUAGUAGUAUAAAACAUAUUUGAGGAUAUGUCAAGGUUAAAGCUGGACCUGCAUUAAUUUAACACAUUUUCCCCCCCUGUCAGUCACCCUAGAAUAUUAUCCAGACCCUCUUUAAUUUUGUGCAAUGCUCACAGAACUAAAAAAAACAUAAUAAUAAUAAUAAUAAUUAUGUUUGUGUUUGUGUCCUCUUUAGCAUUAUUAUUGUGAUAACGAUUAGUAAAUGAUCUAUUGUGCAGCUGUAAGUCUCAGUCCACUGAGCGACCACUGCCCUUCAAGAAAGAAGAGUGUUUGUGUAAUUAGUUUGAAUUGUACAUUAUGAAUAUAAGAUAUAAGAUCUUUUAAUUUCUAUUUAGCUAAUUCCGUCACCACUUUGCAUCAUGCAUUGCUUGUGUCUGUUAAUAUAAAACAAUUACGGUUUAAUGUUAAAGGAAAAAUCCACCCUGAACUACUAGGCAUAUUAAUCUUUAUAGUUAAACGGUUUCAACUGGUCCAUUUUCACUUGGGUUACUGUUUUCCUACAUUAUCCACAAUGCCCUUCGACGACCUGCUGAUAGUGGUGCCAGUCUGCUCAAACUCUGUUCAACGGUCCUGUAGGUUCAUUCUGUACAACAUCAAGAAAAUCAGACCCUAUCUCACUGAACAGGCUACACAGCUACUAGUCCAGGCCCUUGUCAUACCAAAACUGGACUACUGCAACGCACUACUCUCGGGCCUCCCAGCCAGCUCCAUCAAACCCUUUCAAAUCAUUCAGAAUGCAGCAGCAUGUCUCGUCUUCAACCAGCCCAAAUGACCCAUGUCACACUCCUCUUCAUCUCCCUCCACUGGCUUCCUGUAGCCGCCCGUAUCAAAUUCAAGGCCUUGAUGCUCACGUACAAGACCUUGUCUGGAACAGCACCCCCGUACCUCAACACUCUCCUUGAGGCUUACGUUCCCUCACGCAUUCUGCGAUUGAUUAACGAUUAACCGACGCUUAGUAGUGCCUACUCAGCGUGGCUCAAAGUUCCUUUACAGAAUCUUCACUCUAACCGUCCCUCAGUGGUGGAACAGCUAAAGACCCACCUCUUCUGUGAGCACGUAACUAACCCCUAAAACGCCAACCCCACAUCAUCCUUUAAAAAAAAAAAAAAACUUACUCUGCGCACUUUGCUGCUCUAGAACUCAAUUAAAAAAUCUUGUAUGGUAGCACUACUUGUAUUGUUCUCCACUUGAUAUUCCAUUCGCUUUGCUUGUAUUUCCUCAUUUAUAAGUCGCUUUGGAUAGAAGUGUCUGCUAAAUGAAUAAAUGUAAACAUUAAUGCUAAUACAUCCUCGAACACCGUCAGCUUUGUUAUCUCGUAGCUCACUAACUACCCAAGUGAAGAGCAAGUGUGUUGUUGUUGCCUACUCCUGUAUUGGCUUUCUCGUUAAUAUGACGUUGCUUGAAAAUGGUGAGCAAUGGAUGUAUACAGUGAAACGAAGCUCCUUCUCUUUUUUGUUUUUAGGAACUAACCGCGAAAUAUGAGCGUUCUCACUUACAUUUGAGAUCGCUGAAAUUUGUUCUCCUAUUAAGCACCAUUGUAACUGCACUUGCAGUGUCCACCUGUGACAUCAGCAUGGCUCACAAGCCGCUGUCUUCUCACAGGUAGACCCUAGGAACCAACAAAUUAGCAUGAGAAUCACAAAUCUGUUCAUGUAAGCAUUUAAAUAUCUAUUUAAUGUGUUUCAGGGUGGAGGUUUCCUUUAGGGAAAGUGGAAUGUUGAUUUAGCACAGCUACAUACAUUGUAAAUGAUUACGGUUCAUAAAUGGCAUAGCGGAAAACAUGUGGUCUGUGAUGUGAUUUAAAAUUUUUUUUUUUGGAACCGUCUGUCAGGUCUUGUUUAAAAUGGAAAGCAUUGUUUUGUUUUGUUUUUAUUGUAAAAUUGACUUUUGACAUUUCACUUCAGUAAUUGGAAAGAUUUUAGCAACGUUGAUAAUGCUGAUCCUGAGCAAUUUUUCACAGGGUCUCAUCGUGCGGUUUUGUUUUUCAUGUUUUGAAAAUAAAUUCACAACGCAACACCUCUC